AGAAAAUAUUUAUUUAUAAAGGAGGUGCAUUUAGCUUCCUAGAAAAAGAAAAUAUUUAUAAAGGAGGUGCAUUUAGCUUCCUAGAAAGAAAAAAGAAAAUAUUUAUUUAUAAAGGAGGUGCAUUUAGCUUCCUAGAAAAAGAAAAUAUUUAUAAAGGAGGUGCAUUUAGCUUCCUAGAAAGAAAAAAGAAAAUAUAUAUUUAUAAAGGAGGUGCAUUUAGCUUCCUAGAAAGAAAAAAGAAAAUAUUUAUUUAUAAAGGAGGUGCAUUUAGCUUCCUAGAAAAAGAAAAUAUUUAUUAAGGAGGUGCAUUUAGCUUCCUAGCAAUUAUUUAAUAGAGAAAUAGAGGUGCAAUUAGCUUCUACUAUCUUUAAAUAAGGGAAUAAGUAUUUCCAUUGCCAUAUUUUGGGGAAAUAACUAGGAGGGUACCAUGGAUCUUAGAAAUAGAAAAAUUCCAACUCCUAAUUUUGGAAAGGGGGGGAGGAAUAUAAUUAUUACACAGAAGGAAAAUAUAGAAUCAGGUAAUUUGAUAGACCUAGGUACGGAAGAAAUAGACAAUAUGUCAAUCUCAAGUCCAUCCAGUCCAAUGGUAAGUCCUAUACACACACCCCUACACAAUAACUAUACCAGUGUGUAUCAGGAAAAUAUUGAAUCAAGUACAAGCUUGCCAGGCACUGAUAUUACGGCCAUUCUAAUGGACAUUCAAAGACAAUUGAAAAAUCAAAAUAAUAAUUUUUCUGAGUUGAGCACGCAAGUUUCUGAGAUGAGUACGCAAGUUAAGUUAAAUCAGGAAAAUAUAGCGCAACUGGUAAGGGGUAACCAUGUGGCUAAAAAUAACGCCAAUAUGCAUGACUUCAGUCAAAAUAGCUGUUUAGACUUUAAUAGUACAUCCAUUGAACAACAUAACCAGGUAUUAACAGCCCCUCAGCUAGCAGCUAAUACAAGUACUAAUAACCCUUAUACAUCAUGUCCAGUUAGCACAAAUCCUAUAAGAGUAAGUAGUCAUGUUCAGCAACUGCAAAGGGAAGAACCAAAACCUAGAAGCCCAUUCUUUAAUGGUAAGGGAGAUUUCAAGGCCUUCUGGACACAGUUUAGGCUAUUGAGUAGUAGAUUCAAAUGGUCCAGCGACAGACAAGUGGAGGAGCUCAUUUUAAAUAGUCUUAGAGAUGACGCCUUGGUAUUCGUAAAUGAGCUUCCUGCUUCCUUGCACAGAGACAUACAACAAAUACAUGAUGCAAUGUCUCAGAGAUUUGGGGAUCACAUUUUACCAGAGACGUAUAGGACCAAUUUGCAGUUUAUCAAACAGGGUCAGAAAGAAAGCAUACAAGAAUAUGCAACUCGUGUGGAGAGACUAGUUGGUAAGGCAUACCCUGAAGUAAAUGAUUUAAGUUUGCUGGACCGUUUCAAAACGGAACACUUUAUUAAAGGUCUGCCAGACCAAUCAGUAGCGUAUGAGGUUCUCAUACAAAAGCCAGUAUCCUUGCAAGAGGCAAUUAAUCAAGUUUCAUGGCUCGAAUGUUGCAGGAAGAAUGUUGGGAAAAAAUACGAAGUAAGACAGGUAAACGCGGGUGAUGACGUGGCAGGCCAGGAAGUAACUGAAACCUUGCAGGUAUGCAGGACGCAAGAUCAGUAUGUUACUCAUUCUGAGUUAAAAUCUGGAUUAGAUGAGUUGCGAAAAGAACACCAGGUUGCAAUUAAAGAGGUAAAACAAGGUCAACAGGAAAUAUUAAAUGUCCUAAAAUCUGAGAAAAAAGGAAAUGGUAAUUUUAACCGAGACUCUGGGGGAUAUUAUAAUAAAUUAAAUGGCAAAAAUUCACCAAAUGAUAACUCAUUUAUUUGCUAUUCCUGUAAUCAAGAGGGGCACAUAAGAAGAAACUGUCCAUUUAGAGGGAAUAGGGAUAGAAAGUGGAACAAUAGAGAUCAGUCACAAUUGGCUAUGCAAAAUCAGACGAAUUCAUUAAACUACAGUGGGCUGGGUCUGUUGGCCAAGUCUCAGCCCAAGUAAGUGAGUGUGACAGGAGUUUAGAGAUUAAAGGGGAUAACAGUAAAAAAGAUAAACAAGAAUAUAAAGAAAUUAAAAAUUUAGAGACCCUAAAUACCUUGACCUUGCCUAAUAAUGAUGGUUAUAUUAAGAAAUCAGACACAAUUGACAUAGAGCAUUUUGAUGGCUCAGAAGAGGACACAGAGUUUGAGGUAGUUAUUGAUAGAGUUAGUGCAGUUACGAUAAAGGCUCCAUUGUCUAUAGGAGGCCAGCCAGCAAAAGCUGUUAUAGAUACAGGGGCAGAGGUAACUGUAAUCAAUGAGUCCUUACUGGAUAGAUUUUCUGAAGAGACAAGACCUACACUCCAAAAGGCGAAAAGGAGUUUAGUUGUUGCCGAAGCAGGAAAGAAAAUGAAAACACAAGGAGUUGCUGUAGUAGAUAUAGUAAUUGGAGACUUGUCAUUUCCUUGGGAGGUUUACGUUGCCUCAAUAAGAGAUGAUGUUUUAUUAGGGUGUGAUAUCAUAGAUGAAUUUGAUAUCACCAUCAAUACCAGACGGGGUAUAGAGGUGGGGGGUACAUGGGUUGAUUGUGAAGUUAUGCGCAGGUCUGAUAAUAUCUCAAGAAUUUUUGUAAGAGAGUCCAUAACAAUUCCAGCAAACAGUGAGGUUAUACUGGAGGGUAAAGGUCACCAAUCUGAAUUGAUUGACACUAGAUACGCAAGUGUGGAGCCAUGUAAUAAAGAGGCCAGUAACAUUUUAAUUGCCCGGUGUCUUGUGGAUCCCUUUAAUGAUAAAAUUCCAGUAAGGGUGGCAAAUUUGGAG